GCUGGACGAGGCAGCGGGACCGGUCCGCGCCCAAGCAUGGAGAUGAAGCGCCAGGGAGGGCAUGUCCGGGGUGCCGGAGACGCCAGGCCCGAGUAGCUCCUCAAUGGAGCCUGUACAGAGCGGUCCCUGCUCGCCGGUUUCGCCCCUAGUCCUGUGCGGCUGCUGAGAGCGCUCCUUGCUCUGUAAAGUGGAUGUCAGGUGGAUCUAUGUUUUUGAAGGAACAAAGACUCAGCGAAAGCACCGCCGAGGAAGUUUGAGACGCGGGAGGAUGCAGGCUGCGUGCUGGUACGUGCUUCUCCUCCUGCAGCCCGCCGUCUACUUGGUCACAUGUGCCAAUUUAACGAAUGGUGGAAAGUCAGAACUUCUAAAAUCAGGAAGCAGCAAAUCCACACUAAAGCACAUAUGGACAGAAAGCAGCAAAGACUUGUCUAUCAGCCGACUCCUGUCACAGACUUUUCGUGGCAAAGAAAAUGAUACAGAUUUAGACCUGCGAUAUGACACCCCAGAACCUUAUUCUGAGCAAGACCUUUGGGACUGGCUGAGGAACUCCACAGACCUUCAAGAGCCUCGGCCCAGGGCCAAGCGAAGGCCCAUUGUUAAGACGGGCAAGUUUAAGAAAAUGUUUGGAUGGGGUGAUUUUCAUUCCAACAUCAAAACAGUGAAGCUAAACCUGUUGAUAACUGGGAAAAUUGUAGAUCACGGCAAUGGGACAUUUAGUGUUUAUUUCAGGCAUAAUUCCACUGGUCAAGGGAAUGUGUCUGUCAGCUUGGUGCCCCCUACAAAAAUAGUGGAAUUCGACUUGGCACAACAAACCGUGAUUGAUGCCAAAGAUUCCAAGUCCUUUAACUGUCGCAUUGAGUAUGAAAAGGUUGACAAGGCUACCAAGAACACACUCUGCAACUAUGAUCCUUCAAAAACCUGUUACCAGGAGCAGACCCAAAGUCAUGUAUCCUGGCUCUGCUCCAAGCCCUUUAAGGUGAUCUGUAUUUACAUUUCCUUUUAUAGUACAGAUUAUAAACUAGUACAGAAAGUGUGCCCCGACUACAACUACCACAGCGACACACCUUACUUCCCUUCUGGAUGAGGAUGAACAUGGGUGAGACUGAAGCCUGAGGAAUUAAAGGUCAAUAUGACAGGGCUGUUACCUCAAAGAAGAAGGUCACAUCUGUUGCCUGGAAUGUGUCUACACUGCUGCUCUCGUCAACUGGCUGCAAAUAUGCUAGUGGAAAACAAUCUGAUGUAAUUUCUGCCCAGUCAGCUUCAUCUCUUGGUAUAGUUGUAAAUCACCAUAGAUUUUAAAGGCACACUUGAAGACAUGCUCUCAUACAUAGAUGUACACAAACACACAUUCAUAUACAUUUCAGCUUGCAUCUGUCAUGAUUCCUGUCAAGAGGGCUUUCAUUGUCUGACUCAGAAUGGUUUAGGAUAAACUAUCAUCAAAUGAAAGGAUUAACUAGACAGUGGAUGGUUUCUAACACUUGUGGUUAUGGAAAUCUCUUUUAAAGUCUUGAGUACAUGCUCAUCAGUAAUCCCCAUUCAUGCAUUCCUACUGCUUGGAGUAGCUGUACUGGUAAAUACUACUGUAGGAGUAUAUGCUUGUUAAAAUGGAAAAAAAAAUGUGUCUUUAGAGCUCAGUAUUCUUUCUUUUAUGAACACAACAAAAUGUAGUAACUUUUUUCCAGCAUACAGUAGGCACAUUCAAGGUUAUGUAAGAUGGCUCUUUUUUCUAUGGAGGGAGGCUGUUUUCAGUAAAGAUGAGCAAACAUUUGGAAUUUACAUGUGGGCAGACAUUGGAUUACAGCUUUCAUCACGAGUCAUUGGACUUUCUCAAAGUUGAGACCAGCUAAGGCUGAUUAAAACAAGUUCUGAUCAUUAUAUAAGAAGGGAAAUGCCUGACAGACACCAUGUAAGUUAUAAGUGUCUGUCUUAUCUUUACUACACAUAUUGUAACAAAUUCAAUAUCCUAGUCUUCAUUUGUAUGAAUGGUUUGUAUUGUACAUAGUUUAACCAAGUGUUAUUUGAGCUGCUUAUUAAUAUUAACUUGUACUUGUCUCUGCUUGUUAUUGGUUAAAAAAGAAAAAAAAAAAAGGAUAUGAGGAAUCCAUUUUAUCAAUGUAGCUGUGACCUCCAUUAAAAAGACAAACUUAAUGUACAAAGCAUUUAUUCAGCUCAAGUAUUGUUGAAAGCUAAACAUAUACAACAUUACAGUCUGUCUGUAUUUAGAU